GGCGGGCUGCGCGCGGGGCGCACUCGGCUGCGCGCUGCACUCGGGGCGCACCGGCGCUCUGGCGGCGGCUCGGGCUCCCGCUCCGCUCCGGGUCCGCCCGGGCUGCAGCGGUCGUGCCGCUGGCCCCAUUCGGCUCGGAUUCCGGCCCGAGCCCCCUCGGCGCCGCCAGCCCCGGCCCCGUCCCGGGUCUCGGCGCCCGCGGACCAUGCGCCGGGCAGCCCCCGGGGAAGCCGGCCGGGCCGAGAGCCCGCAGACACCAGGCUCCCGGGCCGGGGCCCCUCCCGGCCGCCCGGCCGGCGGUCCGCGCCCUGCCCCGCGCCCCGGCGCCGCCUGAGCCGGCGGGUCAUGGAGCGCACGCCGCCCGACGGGCCGCUGAACGCGUCGGGGGCGCUGGCGGGCGAGGCGGCGGCUGCGGGCGGGGCGCGCGGCUUCUCCGCCGCCUGGACCGCGGUGCUGGCCGCGCUCAUGGCGCUGCUUAUCGUGGCCACGGUGCUCGGCAACGCGCUGGUCAUGCUCGCCUUCGUGGCCGACUCGAGCCUCCGCACCCAGAACAACUUCUUUCUGCUCAACCUCGCCAUCUCCGACUUCCUCGUGGGGGCCUUCUGCAUCCCACUAUAUGUGCCCUAUGUGCUGACUGGCCGCUGGCCCUUUAGCCGUGGUCUCUGCAAGCUGUGGCUGGUGGUGGACUACCUACUCUGCACCUCGUCCGUUUUCAACAUCGUGCUCAUCAGCUAUGACCGCUUCCUGUCAGUCACCCGCGCUGUCUCCUACCGGGCCCAGCAGGGCGACACGCGGCGGGCGGUGCAGAAGAUGGUGAUGGUGUGGGUGCUGGCCUUCCUCCUGUACGGGCCGGCCAUCCUGAGCUGGGAGUACCUGUCCGGAGGCAGCUCCAUCCCCGAGGGCCACUGCUACGCCGAGUUCUUCUACAACUGGUACUUCCUCAUCACGGCCUCCACCCUCGAGUUCUUCACGCCCUUCCUCAGCGUCACCUUCUUCAACCUCAGCAUCUACCUGAACAUCCAGAGGCGCACCCGCGUCCGGCUGGACGGGGCGCGUGACCCCGAGCCCCCGCCCGAGGCCCGGCCCUCCCCGCCGCCCGCCGCGCCCGGCUGCCGGGGCUGCCGGCAGAAGGGGCGCGGGGAGGCCGUGCCGCUGCACAGGUACGGGGUCGGGGUGGGCGAGGCGGCGCCGGGCGCCGAGGCGGGGGAGGCGGCCCUCGCGGGCGGCGGCGGCGGGGGGGCCGCCGCGGCCUCGCCCACCUCCAGCUCCGGCAGCUCCUCGCGGGGCACCGAGCGGCCUCGCUCGCUCAGGCGGGGCUCCAAGCCCUCGGCGUCCUCCGCGUCGCUGGAGAAGCGCAUGAACCUGGCGUCCCAGAGCAUCACCCAGCGCUUCCGGCUGUCUCGGGACAAGAAGGUGGCCAAGUCGCUGGCCGUCAUCGUCAGCGUCUUCGGGCUCUGCUGGGCCCCGUACACACUCUUGAUGAUCAUCCGGGCCGCCUGCCACGGCCACUGCGUCCCUGACUACUGGUACGAGACGUCCUUCUGGCUGCUGUGGGCCAACUCGGCCGUCAACCCCGUCCUGUACCCGCUGUGCCACUACAGUUUCCGCCGAGCCUUCACCAAGCUGCUCUGCCCCCAGAAGCUCAAGAUCCAGCCGCACAGCUCCCUGGAGCACUGCUGGAAGUGAGCCGGCCCUUGGCGGGCACCCGGGGUGCCGGGGGGGGGGGGGGUGCCUCCCACCGCCGCCGCCCCCGCCAGGCUCCGGUUUCCUGGGCAGCCGGCCACACCGCCCCCGACCUGGCCGCCCCCGGGCGUGAGCCACGCCUCGUCUCCAGCCCGCCCAAAAUGCCAUGGCAGAAUCUCUCAGACCGUCCGCCUGCCGCGGGGGCAGCUCGCUGGGCCGGCCAGAGCGGCCCCUGCUGCCUGAACCGGAGCCUGGUCGCCCACCCCGCCGCUCAAACCCUAGCUUCACCCCGGGAGGAACAAUCCCAGCCACGCCGCCCGCGCCCCACAGACGGUCCGGCGGCCGGUGGUGCCCACCCUUUUGCACAAGUGCUGCUUGGUGUCCUUCCCAAAGCGAGUGAUCGGCGUGCGCUCCGGGCCUCGUGAGCAGUCUGCCCUGCACGUGCACACAUCUGCGCACACCUGCACAC